ACGUUUCAUAGAAAAAAAACAACAAAUUGUUAAGCGUAUCAGAAAAAUAAUGAUUAAGAUUUAGCAACGUUUUAAAAAAGAAAAUUUUAAAAAGAAUUAACCACAAUGAAUCUAGGAGGAUCAAUUAAGAUAAAUAAAUGUGCCAUUUUAAGUCUUAUCGCUUUUAUUGUGCUUUUAAUCUACAUUUUUUCACCAUCAUCAAAUUCAAUUGACGUUCCUAAAAGCCAGCAAAUAAAUUUACAUAAGCUUGUGAUUGGAUUAAUAUUAGCUGCAAAGUCAGGUGGAAAAGAAAUUAUAAAUAUAUCAAAAUUAGCAGAUUUCGAUGAGAGGAGUAAAGGAAAAACAAAAGAAGGUGCAAAUGAUCCAGUGACGGCUGCUGAUGUUUCAUCGCAUUGCACAAUAGCUAAUGGCUUAUUACGCAUUUUUCCUUCAUUGGAAAUGGUAUCAGAAGAAGAUGUAAAAGAGAAAAAUUGUCCUGAAAGGCACGAAACAUUUGAUCUCGAUCCAUCAGUUCUAUCAUCAGUCAAGUUACCAAAUGUCAACAUUCCCAUUGAUGACGUCACAAUCUGGAUUGAUCCUCUUGACGCAACGAAAGAAUUCACUGAAAAACUAUUUCAUUACGUAUCAGUAAUGAUUUGUGUAGCUGUGAGAGGCGAACCUGUCAUUGGAGUCGUUCAUUUUCCUUUUAGUGACACAACUUUCUGGGCCUGGAGUGGUAUUGGAGUUUCCGAGAAUUUACCAAAUAUCAAAGGAGACCACGGCACUGUAAAAUCACCAAUCGUGAUUGUAUCGCGAAGUCACUCUGGAGAUGUUCAAGAACUUGCAAAGAAAAUGUACGGAGAACGUGUCAAAGUUAUCAGCGCAGCUGGUUCCGGCUAUAAAAUCAUUCAAGUUUUAACUGGCAACGCGACUGUUUAUCUUCACAACACACACAUCAAAAAAUGGGAUCUUUGUGCAGGAAACGCUCUCGUUAGUGCUGUUGGUGGUCGAAUGACGACAUUGAAAAGUGAAAGCAUAUCUUACGGUCCCGAAUCAGCUCGUCUUGUCGAAGACGGACUUUUGGUUGAAUUAAAUAAAAAUGUGAUUAUUUAAAUUUGCAAAUUAAAAA